UUCCGCACGCUCUCGGGCCGGACCAUGCACACACCGCCACCACUGCCCCACAAAGUCACGGCCGCUGUUCCCUCGGCUCACGAACCCAGUUGGACUACAACUCCCGGCGUUCCCCGGGCUGCUGGGGCGGGCGACGUCAGUCCAGGAGCUGUGGUCCCGGCUGGAACGCGCGAAUACUCACUGCAGCGCCUCCCCGUCGCCUCCCGGAAGCGUGCGCCCGCCGGCGGACCCAGUUCCAAGGCUCCAGCCAUCCUGUGUCUCACUGAAGGUCUGCUGCCCAAUGGCCAUGCCCAAGAGCCGCCUGAGCCCAGUGCCCUGGGAACAGGAUGGCUUUCUCUGGGUGAAAAUGGAGGAGGAGGAGGCCAGCCUCUUCCAGGUCCAGGAAUCUAGCUUUGGCCACACUAUCCACCCCGAGGCUGCACGUCUGCGCUUCCGGCACUUCUGCUUUGAGGAGGUGUCCAGCCCUCGUGAGGUGCUGGCCCGGCUCCGGGGAGUUUGCCGCCAGUGGCUGCGGCCUGAGGCGCACUCCAAGGAGGAGAUGCUGGAGCUGAUGGUGCUGGAGCAGUUCCUGAGCGCGCUGCCCCCCGAGGUCCAGUCUUGGGCCGCUGUGCUGGUGGAGGAUCUGACUCGGGUAUUGAACAAGAGAGGCUGGGCGCUGGGAUCUGAACUCACAGACACCAGCUGUAAGCAGAGCGGUUCGGAGGAGUCCGGGCCCUGGGACAGGGCCAUUGAAACCGUGGGAGGAGGGACUCCCCCGGGACCUGCCUUUGGUGAUGACCGUGAAUCCAAGGGUGGCCCAGAGAGGCAGGCCAGACUCUCAGGGGAAAUGUGGGCCCAGUCUGCCGCCCACCAGAUGGAUUUGAGGAAAACUUCAGGGCCUCACAAGGACGCUCCCCCAGCCCAGCCUAGCUGUGAAGCUGGUGCCUUGGGGGACAGCCCCCACGUGCGGCCAGACCUCACCUCCGGAGAGAAGACUCCUUCCGAGGAGAGAUGGGAUCCACCGGAUGGCAGUGGGACAGAGCCUCCAGGCACGUGCUCUGGAAGGAAGCCUCCCAUGUGUAGAGAGUCGGGGAAGACGCUCCGGAGCCCCUCGACGGCCCACCAGAAGACCCGCGCCCGCAAGACACCCUACACCUGCAGCGAGUGCGGGAAAGCCUUCUGUCGGAGCGCGCACCUGGCCCAGCACCGGGUGGUGCACGAGUGCGGCAAGGCCUUCGGCCGGCUCACCCACCUGAGCCAGCACUGGAGGGUGCACACCGGUGAGAAGCCCUACGCCUGCGCCGAGUGCGGUAAGACCUUCCGCCGCAGCUCCCACCUCAGUCAGCACCGGCGGACGCACUCGGGCGAGUGGCCCUACGCAUGCGACGCGUGCGGCAAGGCCUUGAGCCAGAGCACACAUCUGACCCAGCACCGGCGCGUGCACACCGGCGAGAAGCCGUACGAGUGCGGCGCCUAUGGCCGCGCCUUCAGUGACUGCUCGGCGCUGGUGCGGCACCUGCGGGUGUACUCCGGGGAGAAGCCCUACCAGUGCCGGGCGUGCCCCAAGGCCUUCACGCAGAGCUCCUCCCUCCUCGAGCACAAGCGGCACACGGGCUAGAAGCCCUACCGGUGCAGCGAUGGGAAGGCCUUCAGCCGCAGCUCCGCCCUCAUGGUUCACCUGCGCCUCCACGUCAGCGUCCUGCAGUGACGAGCGCACCUCCCGCCAAGGCGCAGCGCUGGCGAGGAACCCAAAUUCCAGAAGAACCAGGGCAGCUGGACUGGGGACUGGUGAGUCCCCGAAACGACGAGGUGCUUACGGACAGAAUCUGGGGCCGCUGGGGGACAGCGCUUCAUUCAGGGACGCAGAGGGAGGCUCUUCGGGCCAGCCAGCGAAGCUUCCAGAAGACCCGGCUGCCUUCCGUUCCCCACUCAGGGCCGUCUCAGAACAGCUGAAUCCAGGGGGAGCGUUGGUUCUUGAAGCCGGGACAGACCACGUCGCGCUGCUCUCAGGACUCAGGGGCCCCCAGGUGCUCGGGCGGGAGGCUCGUCUUCACACGCCCAAGUGGCUGCCCUUCCUGCCCGCCCCUCUCCUGUGUAAUCGGGGGGCCUGCCCACGCCCACCUGUGCCUUCACACACACUGUUCCCUCCGCCUGCCCAAGUCCGACUCCAAGGCCAGCCUGGGAGCUGCCUGUUACACGAGGCCCUCUCCGACCCUCAGCCUCUCUGGCAUUUGCCCUGUCCAGAGGGUGCUUUUGUCGCUACACAGCAUCCAUUUCUCCCUGCCCGCUCUGUGCACGGCCCACCAGUCGUCAGCCUGUUGAUUUUAGUUACAACCUCCUCUACUCCAUCUUCACCAUCAUUACCUUCUGCGGGCCCACAUCCCCUGUCCCCAGGAUUCCAGCAGGGGGGUCUCCUUCCUGACGCCUUUCUGCCUUCAUUACACACACCACACAUAAACACACACACGACAUACAUUUAUUACACACACCACAUACAUACACACACCCCACAUACAUAUAUCACAUAUACCGCUACACACAUACACACCACAUACAUAU